AUAUAUUUUUAAUAUGAAAUGUGUGCUAUGAAACAAUAUUAUAAAAAUUAAUAAAUAAAUAAUAUGAGAAUAACGCAAAUAUUAUUAAAACCAAAAGCAUCUGAAGUACUGACCGCAUAUUUAAAACAAUGUAAUGAACCACCGUGGACAUCUUAUUUUGUAAAGUUUAGAGAUGUGGAGAACGAUCAACACGGCAUGUCACACUUUAAUUGGACAUUAGAUACUGGCACAAAUUAUCACAUACUACGCACCGGUUGCUAUCCAUAUAUGAAAUAUCAUUGCAGUAAACGUGAAGUGCAGGACUUAGGAUUAGAAGACAAAUUUUUUCGUUUUUUAAAAGUUAUAAAUUUAGGUCUACCUAUGUUGUUUUAUGGAAUUGCGGCAAUACAUCUCAUCAGUCACACAGAAAUGGUUUACAUGACAGAUCGUAGCCAAGUGCCAAUAUACUUUCUUUAUGCUGAAGAUAAAGGUUCUAGAUAUUAAUUUUUUAGAAAAUUAAACUUUUAAAGCACAUUUAAUUUAAAUAUUUAUUUUUACAA